GGUACGCCUGUAAUUACACCUAUGCUGGUACUUAUGAUGGGCAGGGGUCGUCAAUCUACAUCAAUGACUGUUUCGUAGACAGCCAGAGUAUUCCUGUAGGUGCUAGAUACAGCCUCGAGAUCACAAUUUAGCACCACGGUCGUUCAUGAACCACUAUGACAUCCUGGGCAUCCAGCCUGGAAUAGCCAAGUAUGGGGAGCCUCGGCUUACCAGCGAGCACCUGAACAUCGUCCUCCCUCAUGCCGACAGCCGCGAACAGAGCACAUAACCAUACGAAUAGCUAAUAUACACUCUUCUGAUGUGACCAAGUAUCCUAUCAUUUAUGACAGUCGUUGACCGACCAUUCGGCUCGGCAUGGCGCAUAGCAAGAAAGGGGCGGCAGAGAGCCUCGAUUUCGAGAGCCAUAUUGAGCUGAAGCAGCUGGGUCCAGAUGCAUUCGCUAAUGUCCAUCAACCAUGGCUCUUUCAGAUCACAGGCACAGUGCCAGGGCCGUUGAUGAUGGCCGAGGCUGCCUUUGCUGCCUAUAAAACUGUCCCCGAGGGAUUCAAGUUGGACUCCCUACAAACGUCUUUCAUGCUGGCACCAAAUGGGACACGACCGAUGGUCUACAAGGUUCAGCGGCUCAGCCAAGGACGACGAUUCGCGGUGCGCCUCGUGACUCUCGAGCAGGAUGGCAAGCCAUGUGUGACGGUAACAAUAAGUUUUGUCAGUGGAGCAAGCUGGACAGGUCGAGCAAUGGAGCAUUCGGAAUCGAGGAACACUCACAAAGUUAUCGAUGAGAUUACUCUCGAUGAUUUUGAGCCGACCCGUACACAUUUGGGUCCGUUCAUGAAGUUUGAGAGGCUUCCACAUGUUCACCAAGGACCGCAAAACCCCAGCACAAGUAUUGCACCAGUUGUCGCGAAGGUCAGUCCGAACAUCACGGCGCCUGAGGGUUCGCCAGCUCACCUGCUGGGUAUCAUAUAUCUUUCUGAUUAUCAUGUAAUGGACUGUCCACUUGUGCUACACAAGGUGACAACCGGAGAGUCCGCCAUUGGCGACCAUACGAGAGCAAAGCGACCCAAUGAAAUGAAGAUCAUGACCAGUCUCAACCAUGUCGUCCACUUUCACGCCCAUGAAGGGUUUAGGGCUGAUGAGAACGUUUAUAUCGAGGCGACUACACCCUGGGCGAAGGACGGAAGGGCUAUGAUUCAUUCUAAGAUCUUCAGUCACCGAGGCUUAUUGAUUGCUACUUGCGUUCAAGAGGCAUUUUACGUCUUCAAGGACAGCGCGAAGCUUUGACUUUGCCGAUGCAUCUGUACAGCGCUAUAUGGUGUACAUGUCCAAGAUACACCAGCUCAUACUGUGAGCAUCAAAGCCGGAUGAUGAAUACUAUUAGUGGCCAAACGCCGUACCGUCCUGGGGGUGAGAGUAAAGUCGAGUGCAAAACGCCCGGAAAAGUACUCCGCCGUAUAAUAUACGCCUUCCGUCUACGGGAAAUCUUAGAGCCCCAUACAAGCAACUUGUCUUU